CCCGUUGCCACUUCCCACUUCCAAAGAUUUGGCCAACCUGAAGCUGAUUCACUGUACAUGUAACGAGCGUCAUGUCGUGUGUUGCAUGGAUGUGCGUACUCUACGAUCUCGCUUGAGUUCUAGACUGAGCGAGACAACGAACCAACAACCAACCCACCCACCCACCCAUCCACCCAUCCAUCCACGACAUCGAGAUUCAACGCCACGAAUCCAGCCCCAAGCCAUCCAUCGCCAUCCAUCGCCAUCCGCGGGUCGCUCGCUUCUUCUUCUUCUUCUUGACCAGCCCGGGGAUUAGCGAUUGCCAAUCCCAUCCCCCGGAGCCGUGGGUCCGGGCAAGAGAUCCCUUCUGCCUUGGCACCCCGUCCACGUGGCUGCGGGUUGUUCAAGAUGGAUUUGCCGUGUACGCAGUUGAUGGGCGAGCCCGAAGACGAAGAGGCCGAGACUAGGGCCGAUCAAGAGCGGCGGGCGUUCGAGCAGAGCGUCUUCGGCAGUCUGGUGGGCGCGGACGCGGAUGGACGCAAGGAGCGCGUCAGUCGCAAUCCCUUGCGCUUCCUCAUCCGGGGCGGGCCCAACAAGAUCGGACGUGAUCCCACCCAAUGUCAGAUCGUCAUUGAGAACCAGACUCUGUCGCGUGUGCAUGCCGUUUUGGAAGUGGUGCGUGAUGAACGCGGGGAACCGUCUUAUUUGAUUCGAGACGAAAACUCAUCCAAUCGCUCGUUCCGUAAUGGCGUGCAAAUGAGAAGUGGCGCCAUGUACGUUCUGGAAGGGGGUGAGCAGUUGCGAUUCGGCGAGGUUCGAUUCGUGUUUCAAGUUUCGGGUCAAGAGGAGGACGAAGAAGAAGAAGAAGAAGAGGACGAGACCAAAGGUCCAGAGGACACGGCGGAAGAAGUCCUCCCGCUUAGCUCAGAAUCGACGCUCGUCUGUCAAACCCCGACCCCUGCCCCGGAAAACCAACAUAAUGAUUCCUCCGUUAGCGCAACCCCAGUCAAGAUCAACGUGAGUCAAGUUCCCGAAACGCCCAUGGGACCGCCGGCUCGUGUCCGGUCUCCAUCGUCGGGUAUGGGUACGCCCAUCGGGAUCAUCCCCGAAUCGCCUUCUGUCACUCCCAAUUUCGGCUCUCUUAAUGGCAGUGCGUCGUUUGUGGCACCCACUCAACCGGCCGACCCAAAGACACCUUUGGCUUUAAGUGAAAUCUUUGAGCAAGAGACGCAGGCCAUCAGUGUUAGCAUUCUUGACCUUCCCACCCAAAAAAUCGAAGCGUCCAGCAAUAUUCUAGAUGAAGACACUCAGAAGAUAUCAACCGAAAACCCGUCUCUCCCUGCAACCAACGGGGUUUCUUUCUCAGAGGCAUCUGCCCAGAAAUCCGAGUCAAAAGCUAACGACAACAACGGGGAAAUGAAGAACCAUGAUGAUACCGUUAGUACUGAAGAGGAAGACGUCUUCAAUGUGGCCACCCAAGAGUCUGUUGUUGAUAGAGGCGAGAGCUUCUACGACAACCAGAACACGGUUCCCCAACGUGCUUCCGACUCACAACCUUCGAAUCCUGCUUCUCAAACUCUGAAGUCCGAGAGCCCCACUCAGCCACUUCAUGCCAAUGAACAUCCGAUGAACAAUAGUUCAUCUGUUAGCGUUGAGAAUGAAGUCAACGAUGCUAGCACCAGUAAUGAUGGGAAUGAGUCUGACAUGUCUGAAAAUCUGCUGGCAGCUUGCGAAACUGAUGGCGAUGUUAAACUGGAAGAUACCUCCUCCCAAGGCCCUUCUAGCUCGACUCCCGUAAAGCAAAACACAAGUGAUAACCACGAAGAAGAAGUCGAUGAUGUGGCUACCCAAAUUCUAGCAGAGGAUGAUGAGAUGCAGCCUCUCACAUCGCGGGACUCAAGUGUGGAGAUAACGGACAAGCGGGUCCUAAAAGACUUCUCUGAACUGAUGAAUUCUUCUACCAAUUCUGGAAUUGCCUCGACAGCGUACUUGGACCAAAGUGCCUCUACUCUAGAGACAACGGAAACUCUGGCAGAUACCAGAAUAAUCAAUUCCAUGUCGUCAGAGGGGCCUGAUCACACUCUUGAAAAAGGUCCCAGCAACGGGGAGCACGGUCUGGAUGAUGAAGAUAUCAAAUCGGACGAGUCUAGUGACGACGAAAUUAUCCAAAGCUCUCAACUUUCCACGAACCGUACUAAUUUCAAUUCGAUUACCAUGGAAAUGACCAAGCCUGUGGGUAAAAUUACAUCCCAAGAGCAACUAGCACCCUCAUCCCAAUCCAAGGAUCCAAUUGAAAAAUCAACUGGUACAAUGAAAAGAGAUGAGCCUCCAAUAAUUCAGGCCAUAGACCAAGAACAUAACGAAGAAAGCAGUGGCCGAAACCUGAGUCCUGACAUUUAUGAUGUUGAAGCGGAGCAAGAUGACGAAAAUCAAGGUAAGAGUCAAAAACCUGAAGAGGAAAGACCUGAUAGUGAACCGCUAGAUCUUCCUUGCACUCAAGUUCUGGCCGAAGCUCUCAGUAAAGAAUUAAACUCUAAUGAAGAGGAAGAAGAAAAUCUCGACGUAGAAACAGUUAGUAAUAUCGAGAGACACAUCAAAAAAGAAAAAGGAAAUAAGAGUACCAUUAUGGCCGGAUUUCCCGAUAAGAACCAGGAAGGCCAAAGUGUGAAAAAAGAGAAAAUUCAACCCGAGGCUGAAGAACCCCUAAGACGCUCCUCACGGGCAACCAAAAGAUCCACUCGGUUGUCAAGUUUUGUCUCAGAUGUGCCUGAGCUAACGAACAGAGCCAAGCGAAAUUCUGUUCCACUUAUCACUCCAAAAGCGAAGGAGUCUAAUUCAUGCCCUGAAGGUGUGAAUUUAGUUGUGGCCAAUGAGGAUUCAAUUGCUUCCAAAAGUGCGAUGGAACAAAAAACCAGUGAUGAUGCUUCUGUAAUAAUCAAUGUAACAACAGCACAAGGUGCCUCGGUGAAUGAUUCCAAAAAGACUGCCCGUAAGAAGCAAACGACAAAACCAAAGAAAUCAAAAGCUUCAUUUGAUUUGGUGAAUGUGAGCGAAACUAGCGGACCAGCUCGAAAACAAAAUAGUCCGUCGGUUCCACUUAAGACAGAAAUGAAAGAAACCGGAACAACCACCUCUCAAGACCGGAAAUCAAAGCGGUUAAGGGCAACACCAAUAUCAUCUAAGACAUUAAAACUUGAACAAUUAGAAAGCUCAUCCCCUGCUCGUCUAGAAGACAAUUUGUGUCUUUCUCACAAAAGAACGAAGAAAGGAGCAAGUGAUGAGACGUCAAGCCAAAUUAAGAUGGAAAAUGGCAUUCUUGGUGCAAAAGUUCCUCCAUUUGAGGUUCAAGACCAAAAGGCCGCCAAUUCUACAAAGAGGCCAGCCCGACGAUCUUCAUCGAACUCGACUGCAAAUCGUGAUCCAGAUGAUGCCCAGACCUCGAUCAAGCCUCAGAACAGUACAAAAAGGCCACCCAAGAGACUGAGGUCCUCUUUAAGAUCGUCCGCCACCUCUUCAGCGGGUGCUGAAGAACACGAGGACUCUUCGGGGUCUCGUUCGUCUUUACGGACGUCUAGACAGCUCAGGAAGCAGACCUGUAAGCAGAGCAUUGUGCCGCAGAAGCAAGAAGAAUUACCAUCAGUGGCUGAUAUGCCGUCAAAAAAUGAAUCUGAACCCAAAUCCACACCAACCGUCAGAAAGGUAGAAGAGUCCCUUCCCACACGAAAAGGUACCAAGAGAGGAAGCAUUAUGAACAAUUCAUGGAAACAAAAGGAGACUAAUGGCCAGGAAAGACGUUUAAAAAGACCGAACAAGUCAAUCGAGCAAGUAACCACGGAGCCAGGCUCAGAUGACAGAGUCGAAGUGAAAAGGCUAUCCCGUAGGAAGACUGGCCAAACAAAGGAUCAAUCCAACGAAAACAAAUCUGCUCAGGCAUUAGAGGUGCCUGAUGUUGCUGAACAGGCCGUCGUUCCAGGAAGGUCUACGCGCUCAACUCGGCGUUGCAAGCAAGCCCAACCAAAGGCCGUGACGUGCCAGCAAGGAGGCGCUGAUGGCACAUCAACAGAUAUACCAGAGACAGGAGCCGACCGAGAGAACCCCAAAGCCAUUGGUAUUGGUUCUUGCCCCAAAUCGAGCCUCAAACGUGCAAACAAAAGGGCAAAUAGCCUAGAUCAAAUGGAAGACAGCGUCAGCCCUUCCAAGAAAAAGUCGCGAAAUUUGACAACACUGAAAAAGGUUGAGACACGAAGGGAUUCAACUUCUUCGGUAGAGUCCGUUUCUCUGCGUCAAAGAGGCGAGAUCAAAGUGAUGUUUACCGGGUACGAGGAUUCAAAAAGAAUUGUUUUGCAGGACCAAAAGAUCGUCUCUGAUCUCGGUGGAUCCAUCACAGAGAGUUUGGAUGCCUGCACUGUGUUGGUCACCGAUAAAAUUCGAAGAACAGCCAAGUUUUUAUGCAUGGUGGCGAGGGGUAUGCCCAUCGUUAGUCCUCUGUGGCUUCACUCCAGUAAAGAAAGCCGGACAUUUCAAGAUCCUUGGUUAUUCUUGAUAACGGAUCGAGAUGCGGAAAAGAAAUGGGAUUUUGUUCUGCAGACUACUCUUCGGAAUGCCAGAACCAAAGAACACCUCCUUUCCGGCUUCAAAAUUUAUGCCACCCAAUCGGUGAUGCCAUCGGGUGAUCAAUUGAAAGAAAUUGUCGAGAGCGCUGGCGGCCAGGUGCUGAAAAAGCUGCCCAAGCGUGUCAGUGAGCAAGUCAUUGUGAUUGCUUGCGCCAAAGACCACAAGGAGGCCCUGGCGGCACGGGACCGGGGAUUUCAAGUAUUCUCCAAUGAAAUAAUUCUUACUGGAUUCCUUCGCCACAAGCUGGAUUUUAAAGCGCACCAAUUGAAGUUGUAGAUUGAGCCUUGAUUGUGUGAUUAUGCGAAGAUUAUUAUGCCAUGCAGUUGUUGUGCCCCUGUGAGGAACUAAUAUACAUAUAUUUAUUUUGUGUA